ACGCAAGAUAACCCACAGCAAACAGCAACCACGUAGGACUCGCCACAAGAACAGCACCGAGCACAUGGAGACGCUUCUACCUCCAUUCCCGCCCUUUGACCCACACAGCGACGCAACAUCGCUUGCACAGCGUUGGAUAAAAUGGCAAGCACGCUUCGACAAUUUUCUUCUGGCAGCAAACGUUACAGACGCAUCUCGCAAACGUGCCAUGUUACUUCAUUAUGCCGGUGAAGAAGUAUACGAUAUUUUUAAUACGCUCUCCAAUACCGGAUCAGACUAUGACACUGCUGUUGCUUGUCUGAAGCAACACUUUGCCCCAAAGAAGAAUGUUGUGUACGAACGCCACGUAUUCCGCCUUGCGCGGCAAAACCCAGGAGAAACACUGGACCAGUUCCACGUCAGACUCAGAAAGCUCAGUACAACGUGUGAAUUCACAGACGUGGACAAGGAGCUUCUCUCUCAGAUUAUAGAGGGCACCACAUCACAGAGACUACGUCGCACAGCACUACGAGAAACUGACGUCACACUGGAUAAAGUUUUAGCGACUGGUCGUAGCCUUGAGAAUGCUGAGGUCCAAGCCACCAGCAUAGAGAAUCCAGCACAGUCUCACUCAGUACAGAAGAUAGAAACCAAGAAAGGAACGCACAGCACUCGUCCGAAGAAUAAAGCACGAGACAAAAGAAGAACUGAAAGGUGUACAGGAUGCGGAGGAAGCUGGCCCCACCCGAACGGCAAAACAACAUGUCCGGCAUGGGGGGCGACAUGCCUCAAGUGUCACAAGAGAAACCAUUUUGCGAGGUGGUGCCGAAGCACAGCAGAGGGCACAGCAACGAUACAGUCUCUCACUACGUCGUCCAAACCUCAGUCCUCGCUCCGACAAGCAAGUUCGGAGGAGUCUGUGUUCCACGUACAGAGUGUCAUAAACAACCUCCCAGUAAUCACAGUAAUCGUGAACAAAACGCCCGUGGACUUUUUCUUGGACACUGGGUCAGGAGUAAACGUCGUAGGAGAGCAGACUUGGAGCGAGCAUUUCCAAGAAACGCUGGAAGAAACAAGAACACGAUUGGUUCCGUAUGGACUGAAGCAAGAAAUCCCUGUCAUGGGAACAUUCACAGCGACAUUCAAGACUCAAGGAAAAUCUGUACGAGCACCAAUAUUCGUAGUAAAAGGGCCACAAGCAUCAUUGCUGAGUUACCAAACAGCCUCGGAGCUCAACCUCAUCAACAUCGUACAGUCGGUGGGCCAGGAAACAUCGGUAGAUGCCAGAAGAGAGUUUCCGAGGUUGUUAGAAGGACUUGGAAAACUAAAGAAUUUUCAAGUUAAGUUGGCAAUAUCAAGCAACGUCAAGCCGGUCGCACAACGACAUCGCCGAAUUCCUUUCAGAAUGAGGAAAGCAUUGGAGGCCGAGCUGACUCGCUUAGAAGACAUGGACAUCAUUGAGCGCGUCACAGGGCCUACCCCUUGGGUCUCACCGGUUGUUGUGGUUCCCAAACCACACACAGAAGGAGCGAUAAGAAUGUGUAUUGAUAUGCGAGAAGCUAACCGGGCUAUCGCUCGAGAGAGGCACGUGAUGCCCACGGUUGAAGACAUUAUCAAUACACUGAAUGGCGCAGCAUAUUUCUCCAAGUUGGACCUGAAUGAAGGAUAUCAUCAGCUAGAACUAGAGGAGUCGUCACGGAGAAUAACUACUUUCUCUACCCACUGCGGUCUAAGAAGGUACAAAAGGCUGUUGUUUGGAGUCAAUGCGGCAGCUGAGAUAUUCCAGGACGCCAUCAGCCAAGUUCUACCCGAUGAAGACGGAAUCAUCAACAUCAGUGAUGAUAUUCUGGUAUCCGGUCGAUCUAUAGAAGAACACGAUCGAAGAUUGCGUUUGGUCCUAAAGAACCUUGAAGAAGCAGGGCUUACACUAAACUUGAAAAAAUGUGUGUUGGGCUCCCGGAGUGUGAAAUUCUUCGGCCAUGUCUUUUCUGCCCAGGGAGUCACCAUUGACCCAGGAAAAGUGAGAGCAGUGGCAGAAAUGACUUCUCCAAGAAAUGCAGCCGAAGUAAAGAGCUUGCUUGGGAUGGUGAACUACUGCAGUCGCUUCAUUCCCCGGUUAGCAGAAAUUGUGGAGCCCCUGAGGAGACUCACACACACGGAUGUUGAGUUCUCAUGGAAUCAAGAGCAAGAAGAUGCCCUCGAAAGGCUCCGAAAAGAGAUGUCUCACGCUCCGACACUGGCGUACUUCGAUGACAGAAAGAAUACGUACGUCAUCACAGACGCUGGACCAGAGGGAGUUGCUGGAAUUCUAGUCCAGGAAACCAGGGACAAAAAGGAUCACAGCAUCUUGGCAUACCACAGCAGACCGCUGACGCCAACGGAAAAGAGGUAUCCGCAAAUCGACAAAGAAAUGCUGGCCAUAGUGUCGAUGGUCGAACGUUUUCGUGUCUAUUUGGCGGGGGGAAGAUUCACCGUCAAAACCGACCAUCUACCUCUGGUGUCAAUACUCAAGAAUGCAAGCGCCAAGCUAUCAGCAAGGCUAGAACGGCUUAGCCUCAGGCUGCAACAUUACGUCUUUGACGUGGAACAUAUCCCAGGUAAAACGAACCCGGCGGAUUAUUUGUCCAGACAUCCACCUUCAACGAAAGAAGGAAGUCCCAUGAAAGAAGCCGUUGCCGCCGAAGAGUAUGUGUCGUUCUUAGUUAGGUGUGCUACGCCGAAGGCUAUGACGCUGCAAGACGUUCAAAAGGCUUACAAAGAUGAUGAACAAAUGGACUUACUGAUUGCAGCCCUCCGAAGACCUGACAAGAAGUUUUGCAGACAUCUAUGGAAGCACGGAAAGUUAAAGCCUUUCAACCAGAUAAAAGAAGAACUAACAGUAACAGAGAGCAACUUGGUCUUGAGAGGACCACGCUUGGUAAUUCCCGAAAAGGCGCAGAUGGAGGUUGUGCAGUUAGCCCAUCGGGGACACCAGGGUAUGGUGAAGACCAAGCAGCUAAUUAGAGAGAAGGUGUGGUUUCCUGGGAUCGAUAAGAUGGUGGAAGCUGUGGUCAGAAACUGUGAGGCAUGUCAACGGACAGUAGAGGAGAAGAAGAACCUGCCGUUAGUAAUGACAGAGCUUCCCGACGGACCAUGGCUAUCACUCGCAGCAGACUUUGCUGGUCCACUACCUGGCAACAAGUAUCUGCUUGUCGUCGUAGAUGAAUAUUCACGGUUCCCCGUGGUUGCGACGUUAUCAUCUCUGAACGGAGGAACGGUGACCACCAAGUUGAACGACAUGUUCACCGUACAUGGCAUCCCUGAAGUUGUAAAGACAGACAAUGGUCCCCCGUUUUUCGGGAAAGAAUUCGCCGACUUUAUGAAGCACAAUGGUAUUCGUCACCAUAGAGUAACACCUCUGUGGCCGCAAGCGAAUGGGGAGGUAGAGCGAUUCAUAAAGAAUCUGAAGAAGACCAUAAAGGCAGCCUGUGUAGGGGGACAUAACUGGAAGGACGAGAUAGAUGAGUAUCUGUUGAACUACAGAGCCACCCCGCACUCUACCACAGGUGUCACUCCGGCAGAACUACUCUUCGGAAGAAAGAUCAGAACCAAGCUUCCCCAAAUGCAGCAGAAGCUUAGCUUCGAAGAUAUACAGGAGAGGGACAGUCGGAAGAAAAGACAAAUGAAGGCAUACUCUGACCACAGACGUCAUGCCGCACACCAUGGUCUACACAAGGGAGACAGUGUAUUGUUGAAGAGGACAGCACCCUUGUCCCAUGAGACACCAUACGAGCCUCAGCCAUACAAGGUCAUCCGAAUUCAAGGGACCGCAGUUACGGCUGUACGAGACCACCGAAAGAUAGUCAGGAAUGCAUCUUUCUUCAAGCGCAUUCCCUGUAGGGACCAGGACGCUGCAGAUGACUGGGAUAGUACUAUGAUCGACGAUACUUCGAAGGAUCAAACACUGGAGUCAUCUCAAUCCGGGGCUAUGACUGGAAACCUCGAAUCAGCAUCAACUGGACAAGGUUUCAAGGACCCAACCGCCGUUGAGGCCAGGGCACCGCUGGAAGAACCAAGGCGCUAUCCAAUACGCCUUAACCGAGGGCAGCCUCCACAGAAGUUCGGAGACACCUUACUCCACUGA